AUGGAGAUCUGCCUCCCAGAGGAGAAGGCGAAGGCCAAGGAAUGGGCUCCGCUUAUCAUGAAGGGCCGCGAUGACAGCGAACCUAUUUGCAUGACGAAGGUGCCUCAUGGAACGGACGUGGACUAUGGUGCUUUGACGAAGGCCAAGAUCGUGGCCUUCCAGGAGCUUGGUGCCGAAGCGGCAAGAUUUGACAAGUCUCGUGUGAAGGAAAAUCUGGCCGUCCACUGUGUGUGUUGA